AUGCCUUCCGCCAAGCAAGCCGCAGCAGAAGCCCAGCUCCAUGACCAAACGAACUUAUUGCCAAAACGACAGCUCAUGUUCGUCUUCUCGAUCAUGUCGCUGGCUUUGAUCGUUUGCGUCAUCGACCAAAAUGGUAUUGGAGUUUUGCUUCCGUCGAUUGCUGAAGACCUCAACGCUUGCGAUUCCAUCUCAUGGGCAGGAACUUCAGCUCUGAUUGCCAAUACAGUCUUCCAGGUGCUCUACGGCCGGCUAUCGGAUCUCUUCGGCAGAAAGAAUGUCAUGCUGUCAGCAUUGGCUCUGCUCGCACUCACAGAUCUUGUAUGCGGGCUGGCUGUCAACUCUACCAUGCUGUACAUCUUCCGCGGAUUAGCUGGAGUCGCAAAUGGUGGGAUUGCAAGCUUGAGCAUGAUGAUUGUGUCGGAUGUGGUCACUUUGAAAGAGAGGGGCAAGUAUCAAGGUACCCUGGGGGCCAUGGUUGGGCUGGGCAAUGCAGCUGGCCCUUUGAUUGCUGCUGCUUUCGCUGUUCGAGCUUCUUGGAGGGCGCUGUUCUACUUUUUGGCGCCGGCAUCGUUGGUCGCAUUCGCUGCCAGCUGGCUGUGGCUCCCGACCAAUAUGCCGAAACUGAAGUUGAAAGAGACGAUCGCUAGAAUCGAUAUGCUGGGUCUGUUCUUCGGAACAGCGGCAGUCAUUCUGCUUCUGAUUCCAACAUCAUCUGGUGGGCAUGCCGGGACGCCGUGGAACUCUCCUCAGGUCAUUGCCAUGUUCAUCGUCGGCGGCUGUUGUCUGAUCGCAUUCCUAUUGAUCGAGUGGAAGUGGGCGAAGCUUCCCAUGAUGCCGCUCAGCAUGUUCAAAAGCAUUUCUGUAAGCGCAAUGUUGGCACAGAGCUUCUUGCUAGGAAUAGCAUAUUUCACAUAUCUGUACUUCUUGCCUCUAUACUUCCAGAAUGUGCGCGGACAGAACGCAAUCCAAUCAGCGCUCUGGCAACUUCCUAUGGUAAUCACGCAGGCGUGCUCCUCGAUAUCAGGUGGCCUCUACAUGUCGCAUUUCAACCGAUACGCCGAGCUGAUAUGGUUUGGCUUCGGCGCGUGGACCCUAGGCGCAGGCCUACUUGUACUUGCGGAUCGGGCAAUUCACCUUGGGCUGGUGUGCUUCUUCUUGGCGAUCAUCGGGCUGGGCACUGGACUCAUCUUCCAGCCAACGCUCGUGGCUGUCCAAGCCCAUUGUCCGAAAGCUCAACGAGCGGUUGUCACAUCGAAUCGAAACUUCCUUCGCAGCACUGGAGGAGCUAUCGGUCUGGCUGUCAGCUCAGCGAUCUUGUCGAAUGUGCUCAAAGCCUCGCUGCCAGAAAGGCUGCUAUCAGUGGCGAGCAGCAGUUUCGCAGCGCCGGAUCACAGCAUUUAUUCCGAUGCAGACCGCGAUAUCAUCGCCGAUGCCUACGCGAGCGCAAGCCGGGCAGUGUUCAUCUGGUGCGUGCCUGUAGCUGGCAUUGCCUUUCUGCUUUCAGCAUUCAUCGCAGAUAAGGGCUUGGUCAGGAAGGAGGAGCAAGCUGCUGGCACUCUGGUUGAGAAAGGAGCAUCUGAGAAACUCAGUGAUGCUGAAGCCGAGCUUCCACGAGCAAUUGAAGAGGAGAAAAGUCGCUCCAUUGAAGAGAAGAAGCCAAUGUCCAUGUCGAGCACAUAG